AUGGAAGGAAGUUUGAAAGUAGAAGUCAAAGUAAUAUCAACAGAUAUGGUAAAGCCAUCUACUCCAACACCUUCACGUCUCAAAAAAUAUACAUUAUCUUACGUUGAUCAAAUUAUACCCAUCUCCCCUCCCUUGCAGACUCCGGUCAUUAUCUUCUACACUGCUACAUCCCCAGCACAACAACCCCUUGAUAUUGCUUGGCUAAAAACUUGUCUCUCUGAAACACUCACUUAUUUCUAUCCAUUAGCCGGUCGAAUCAAACAAUCGACCAUCGAUUGCAACGAUGAAGGUUUACCUGUCUUCGAAGCUCAAGUUAACUGCCCUCUUGACAGUGUUCUAAAAUCUCCUUUACUCCUUAAACAGGAGGGCUUAAUCCAUAAGUUAUUCCCACCUUCAGAAUCGUUGUGCAUUGUUGACAAUAAGCAGGAAAUCCGUGAGCGGAUUCACAUUUGCAUUCAAAUCAAUGUCUUUACCUGCGGUGGGGUUGCGAUUGCGUGGUAUGAUAUCCAUAAACUAACUGAUGGCAUCUCUUCCGCAACCUUCUUUAAGCAUUGGGCAGCUCUAGCAAGCAGAAAGUCUGAUGGAAAAAAUCUAAUACAGCCGGAUUUUGGUGCCGGCCUCGCUGCUUUCCCUCCAGCCUCCAUUGUACAGCCAUUGCCAUAUGAUCAGAUAAAGCUAAAAGAAUGCUCUCUUGUUGUAAAGAGCUUCAAAUUCGGGGAUGCUUCUCUAAGCAAACUUAAGGUCAAAGCCGCGAGUCACCAAGUGCCUCACCCAUCCCGAUAUGUGGUCUUAUCUGCUUUCAUCUGGCAACAAGCCCUGGCAUCAAAAACGUGCGAGUACCAGGAGGAAGAAGAAACAAUAUACGUUGUAAACUUAGAUUUGCGACCGAGGAUGAAGCCCCCACUCCCAGCAGCAUCCAUAGGCAACCUGAUCACACAAACAGUCGCCUCUGCCAAGGCCAGGGCCACGCUACCUGAAUUUGCUGCUAGCAUUGAUGCAGCGAUCCGUGCGAGGAUGGAAAAGAUCAAGGAAUACGAGGGGGAGAAAGGGGUGAACGCGAUUCGUGAAAAUUCAGAUGAGUUUCGUAAAUUGGCCUUAAAGCAUCAAGACAUGGCUUAUGGAAGUACUAGCUGGUGUAAUCUUGGAUUUAGUGAUCUAGAUUUUGGUUUUGGGAAGCCCAAGUGGACGAUUCCAACGGAUGGGAGAAUUCCUCCUUAUGCUAGGAACUUAACUAUCUUGAAUGAUUAUUCUGAUCCAGAUGGGGUUGGAAUUGAAGUGUGGUUGUUCUUAGAGGAGAAAGAUAUGGAAAGUUUGGAGUCAAACCCUCAAUUCCUUGCUUUUGCUUCUCCAACUUCGCCCAUACACAAAUGUUGA